AUGGGAAACAUUUUUGGCAACCUUUUGAAGAGCAUCUGGGAAAAGGAGAUGCGGAUUUUGAUGGUCGGUCUGGACGCAGCUGGGAAGACCACAAUCCUGUACAAACUGAAGCUGGGAGAGAUAGUGACUACCAUUCCUACCAUCGGUUUUAAUGUGGAGACUGUUGAGUACAAGAAUAUAAGUUUUACAGUGUGGGAUGUUGGCGGCCAGGACAAAAUCCGACCUUUGUGGCGUCACUACUUUCAGAACACUCAAGGUCUGAUAUUCGUGGUUGACAGCAAUGACCGUGAGCGAGUGAAUGAAGCCAGAGAAGAGCUGAUGAGGAUGUUGGCAGAGGAUGAACUGAGAGAUGCUGUACUCCUCGUCUUUGCCAACAAGCAGGAUCUGCCAAAUGCCAUGAAUGCUGCAGAAAUAACAGAUAAGCUUGGUCUUCACUCCCUGCGCCAUCGCAACUGGUAUAUCCAGGCAACCUGUGCCACCAGUGGAGAUGGUCUGUAUGAAGGCCUGGACUGGCUGGCUAACCAGCUCAAGAACAAGAAAUGAAUCAGACCUGAUCCACACGGAACUGUUGGGAGAAGAGUCACCUGAGUGGCAGCACAUCACUGGUUUCGAAGUUUCUUUCAUUCUGUUUAAAAGUUGAGACCAAUGGGAUUCAAGUCAUGUCAGACAUGAGCUGAACAAUCCUUCAGUUUAUCCCCAAAUAAGCCCAUCUCUAUUUGCCUACGUCAUGACUCUUAACAAAUUGAUGAGAAGAUUGGGAAGUAGCCAUAAAUUUCAUCUUUACUAGUGAAGAUUAGGGUUGGGAAUCGAAAAUCGGAAUUGUUUUGGAAUCGGAAUUGAAAGGCUAUAAUUGGAAUCUAUAGGAAAAGGAAUAAAUUAAAAUUUCCAUUCCUAUUAUCAAUUCCUGUGUACAUAUUUUCAGAUAUGUGCUUGUUUUAACAUGUGAUAAAGCACAGGAACCACAAAUUGAACAUAGUUUCAUUAUAUUAAAUACAGUUUAAUCGUGAUGUAGUUAAGCUAUGUUAAUACAAAUUGUAAUAAAUCAGACAAAACAUGGUUGCUAUGUGUAUAUACAGUAUAUACAUACAAUGGUGCUCAUAAAUAUAUAUAUUUUGGCAAACCAGUCAAAAAGCAGGCGUAACGAUCUUACAGGUUGAUAUCUAAAUGUUUUACUUCAACUGGGCAAUCGAUAAGCAGAAUCGAAAUUGCAAUCGCUAAAAUUGAAACGAUACCCAACCUUAGUGAAGAGAGAAAUGGUUUGCUAUUUACUUGAAAUCAAAGUGAUUUAACUCAAAGAUGAUAGUUUAGUGUUCUUGCGUCUGUACACUGUAAAUGUAAUAGGGACUAAAUGAAAAGCUUUUAUUUGUAUUAUAAUAUAGAAGUAACUCUUAAAUGCAGGUCAUUUCAUUUAUAUUAAAAUAACUAAUAGCUGUGAAACCUGUUGAUUCAGUUUCAAAGAUUUCAAUAAAGUUCAAGCUAAAAAUAUUCUGAUGCUGCAAAAAUUUAGAAACAUGUUGUUUUUGCUACAGUGUUGUCAUUUUGCUACGGAAAAUUAAAAUGCAUUGUUAUUUAUAGCAUAUCAGCCAGACAAAAAAACUGUCCGUGUUACAGAAUGGUGAUGAUGCUUUUUGGGCAUGUUUGCACACAUAACCAAUUGUCUCUGCACAGGUUGCAAAGCAAGCUUUGGUUAGUUCCGUUUGUAAAUACAUUAAGGAACUGUUUCUUGUAAUCCUCUUGUCACUGCUUGACAAAAUAGCACAUCCAUGUACACAAACUUUGGUGCAUAUAAUAUUAUCCCAAGAGCUGUUGUGGUGGUUCUGUGGUCUUUAAUGCAUUUGUUGCGUCACAGUUAACUAUAUUUUAUGUUUGUGCAUACUGUCUGUCUUGAGUGUAGACCUGCUUGCAUUGAAUGUAUAUUUUUGCAUUGUGUUUGUGUAGGUGAAAAAGUUCUUGCCCUGUUACAUGGUGUAGCUUAAUGUAAUGGGUUGAACUCUGUACAUUUAAAUCCAUACAUUGUUGAGUGUCACAGACUCCCUCCGAUGCUCUUAAAUCUUGUGUAAUGGUUGGACUUCAACCUGGACCCGGUGCUACUUAUGGACUAGAAUAUAAAUGGUUGUGUGUAUGCUCAUGAAUGAUUAUGUUUAUAUAUUACACGCUUA